AUGGCUGAGGCUGGGGGAAAUUCAUACCCAGAUCUGGAUGUUGAAGCAGACACCAGUCUACGAGAAUUAAACUUUGAUCAGAUCCGACAUGAUCGUUUUGAUAGGAACAAACAUUUUCUUGAGGAGGGAGAGGAGGUUGAAGAGCAUCUGAAGAACACGCACUCUGAUCAGGCGAGACAUAUGCGGAUGGAGGGACAUGAACGCAUAGCCCCAGUACCCAUGCCCAUUGUUGCAUUUACUGAGGGAGAACCAACCCUCAAGGAGGUCCAAGAUAUAAUCAAGAAGGCUAGAUCCAAGUCAGCACCAGGCCCAAAUGGAAUACCUUACAAGGUGUACAAGUCAUGCCCAAAACUGCUGAGACGGUUGUGGAAACUAUUGAAGGUGAUCUGGCGUAAAGGAGAUGUACCUGUGGAGUGGCAGCGAGCAGAAGGCAUCUUCGUCCCAAAGGAGGAGGUUUCCAAGGAUAUUGGACAGUUCCGGACAAUAUCAUUGUUGAAUGUGGAGGGCAAGAUCUUCAUGUCAGUGGUUGCCAGGCGUCUUACAACAUUCAUGACCAGUAAUGGGUACAUUGACACAUCAGCACAGAAGGGAAGUGUUCCAGGAUUCUCUGGCUGCAUUGAACACACAUGCGCUAUUAGCCAGUUAAUCAGGGAAGCUAAGAUCAACAAGACAGAUCUCACAGUUGUAUGGCUGGAUCUAGCAAAUGCGUAUGGCACGGUACCCCACCAGGUAAUAGAGUUUGCUCUGAAACACCACCAUGUACCAGAACAUAUUCAGAGCAUUGUCAGAAGCUACUACAGAAACAUCAACAUGCGCUUCACAACAAAGAACUUUACAACAUCCUGGAUACAGCUUCAGAAGGGGAUUGUAACCGGCUGUACAGUGUCAGUAGUACUGUUCAUCGCCGCUAUGAAUCUCAUCAUCAAAGCCGGAGACAGGGAGUCAAGGGGACCGAAGACCCAGACAGAUAUCAGACUUCCACCACAGAGGGGAUUUAUGGAUGAUCUGACUAUCACAACAGAGUCCCACAUACAAGCACGAUGGAUCCUAUCAGCCCUUGAAGAUGUUGUGUCAUGGGCUAGAAUGGCCUUCAAACCAAGGAAAUCAAGAUUUCUUAUCUUGAGAAGAGGUAAAGUCUGGCAGAAGACAACACUCAGGGUACAGGGCGAGGAUAUCCCAUCACUUAUUGACAACCCCGUCAAGUGCUUGGGUAAAUGGUUUGACACCACACUGGGUGAUAGCAGAAAUAACACAGAGCGCAUCAGGCAGCAACUGAGGAAUGGGCUUGCAAAGAUAGAGGGAACAGGCCUACCAGGGAAGUUCAAGGCAUGGCUUUUCCAGCCAUCCUGCCCCAUCUUCUGUGGCCACUAA